AUGGAUCUCUCCAUUGCGGAGAAGAAAGCCUACGACUUUCUUAUUCGUCAGGAAGAAGCCAAACGUUGGAUUGAAGAACUUAUCCAAGAAAGUCUGCCUCCAGGCACUGCUAACUUUGGUGAUAACUUGAGAGAUGGUAUUGCUUUGGCCAAGUUGGGUAAAAUCUUUGCUCCAACAGCAAUUAAGAAGAUUAACACUCCAAAGUCAGGAAGUGUUUUGGAAUUUAUGGCUGUUGAUAACAUUUCCCAAUUCUUUGAAGCCUGUAAGAAGGUUAAUUUCCCUGAUCACUAUAUUUUUGAGGUUACCGAUUUGUGGGAAUUGAAAAACGUUUGGAAAGUUGUUCACUGCUUACACACACUCUCCCUCCACUUGUAUAGAAAUGGCUUGGCCAUUAGAAUGCAAAACUUGCAAAAGGCUAACUUGAAGUUCUCCCGUGAAGAAAUUGAAAAGACACAAAAGUUGAUUGAAGACAUUGCAGAUAAUGCUAUGGCUUUCCCAGUUGAUAUUGAAGAAGUUGGUGAAGAAACAGAUUCAUCCAUUGAUGAUGUUUUAGAAGAUUUGGCUGAUCCAUCAAUGUGUGAUGCCGAUGGUGAAGGUCUUAACAAGGCAACUGCUGGUGUCGAAGCUAAAUUUGUUAUUACUGCAAGAGAUUCUGAUGGUGAAGUUCUCAAGGAAGGUAACGAAUCAUUCAAGGUUACCUUGUACUCUGUUAGUUUGCUGGGUCAAGAUGAAAAUGCUGAACGUGUUGUUAUUCAAGCUAAUGUUUCGAAUAAUGGUGAUGGUACUUAUGCUGUUUCUUAUACUCCUGAAAAGGCUGGUGAAUACAGAAUGGAAUUGGUUUUGUUCGAUGAAGAAACUCAAGAAGAAGUUGAUCAAUUAUCAAAGGUCUCUCCACAAAACGUUACUGUUUCUUCCAAUCCAACCUCUGAUCCAUCAAAGAGCGUUUUGGAUGGUUCUGGUAUCGGUUCUGCUGUUGCUGGUGUUAAAUCCGAAUUCCAACUCACUUCAUUCGAUAAGUUUGGAAACCAAGGACGUGGAGGUGAAAACUUUAAUGCUACUCUCACUUUCGGAUCUGAAGUUGUUCAAUGUCAUGUAGAUGAUUUGAAUAAUGGUAAAUAUCGUUUCUCAUACACUUGUCCAAAGAGUGGUGAAUAUACUUUGACUGUCAAGUUGGGUGAUCACGUUGUUGCUACCAAGUCAGUCAUUGUUAAAGAUGCUGGUAUUUCUGAUCCAUCCCGUACUGAUUUCAGUGGUAUUGAUUCUGUUCUCGAUAAGAAGGCUGGUGAACUCUCUGCAUUCACUAUUCUUGCUAAGGAUACUCACGGUAAUGAUCGUUCAUCAGGUGGUGAAAAGUUCUCUGUUACUCUCAUUAAUGGAAGUGAAGUUACUGAAGCUAGUGUUAAAGAUACCAAUGAUGGUAAAUACCAUGUUGAAUACACUCUUAACACAAGUGGAAACUACAAAUUGCAAGUCAAACUUGGUGAUGCUGUUGUCACUGAAAAGGAUGUUCAUAUUCAUGAUACUGGUGUCACUGAUCCAUAUCAAACUACUUUCAGAGGUGAAAACUAUAAGCAAUUCCCAGCUGGUAAGCAAAUGCAAUUCUUUGUUGAAGCUAGAGAUAGAUUCGGAAACAAGCGUGAAAAUGGUAGUGAUACUUUCAUUCUCCAAUUCACUUCAAAGGCCACUAUGGAAACUGUUUCAAGUGAUUUGAUCAAAUUCAAUGAUUUGGGAAGUGGUGAAUACUCAUUCGAUUACACUAUUGAACAAUCUGGUGAAUAUGGUAUGGAAGUUUUGUUGAAGGAAUCUGCUGACACCCGUUCUGAAGGUGGUAGUGAAGCUACUUCAUUGUUGAAGGCUUUCUUGAGAAAGUACAAGUACACCAAUAUUCCAGGAUUCCCAUCCACUACAUUUGUUGAUGAUAGUGGUGUUACUGAUCCACAAAAGACUCAAUUUGCUGGUGACGGUGUUUCUAAUGCUGUCCAAGGAAAGGAAUCUGAAUUUGUCAUCAAGACCAGAGACUCAUUCAACAAUGUUCGUCAAACUGGUGGUGAUAAUGUUGAAGUCGUUGUUUCUAAUGAAGCUAGAAAGAUUGAUCUCCCUGCUUCUGUCAAGGAUAAUCAAGAUGGUACUUACACUGUUACUUAUACUCCAAAGGCCUCUGGUAAGACUAAGCUCCUCGUUAAGAUUAAUGGUGUAGUUGUUGAAAGUGAUAUCUUGAAGGGUGGUGUUUUCGUUUCUCCUCCAGAUAUUAGCGAUACUUCAAUGCUCGAUACUGUUUUGGAUCAUGACUUGUUAUCUGCCUUGUUGAAUGCCUUCAAGGUUGAAAAUGAUUCUGAUAACUUGAUCGAAAAGAUUCAAAAGCUCCGUGAAGAACUCAUUAAACAAAUUCGUGAGAACACUCGUAUUGAAGAAAAUGUCAGAGAAAAGGACAGAAAGAUUUCACUCCUUGCUGAAAAUAGAUAUGAUGCCGAAACAAUUUUGAAUCAACGUGGUGGUAUUGCUGGUUAUUUCCAACGUAGAAGACAAGAAAAGAUGGCUACUGCUAAUGAUGAUAAGAAGGAAAAGUUCAAUAUUAAGGAUUACGUUGAUCACUACAGCAGUUUGUUCUACUUGUUGCAAACUAAUCCAAAGUAUUUGGCUAAGUGUUUGUUCUUGGUUCCAUCUCGUGAUAUGGACCAAUUCAUGCAAACUGUUACAUUGACUUUGUACGGUUAUGCCUUCUCUCCUCGUGAAGAAUAUUUGAUUUUGAGUUUGUUUAAUGAAACUCUCCACCUCGAAAUUCAAAACAGUUCAAUUGAUAACUUCUUGAACAACAACCCAGUUUUGAUCAAGUUGGUUGUUAACUAUUGCCAUGAACGUAUCCAAGGUAAACAAUUCUUGCAAAAGGUUUUGUUCGAUAAGAUCUUGGAACCAAUCAUUGAAGAAAAGGAUUUGAACUUGAAUUUGAACGCUGUUACUAUUUUGAAGGAAAGAAUUUCCCAACAAGAAGUUGAAACUGGUGUUAAGAGCGAUAUCAACAUUAAGGAUAUGACCUAUGAAAAGGCUAUGCAAGAUGAAUACGUCAGUAAGCUCGUCCAACAACGUACCAAAAAGAUGAUUGACAUUUGUCAAGGUGUUUUGGAUACAUUGAAUGACAACAUUAACGAAUUGCCAUACGGUUUGAGAUAUAUCUGUAGACAAUUGAAGGUCAUGUUGGGUAAGAAGAAUCCAAAUGCUACCGAAGAAGAUAUUAACCGUGUUGUUUCAUAUUUAUUGUUCUUUAGAUUCCUUAACGGUCCAUUCUGUGGUUGUGACUCUUACAACUUGACUAAGAAGAAGAUUUCUGCCAGUAUGAGAAAUAAUUUGGCUUGGAUUUCAAAGGUUUUGAUGCGUGUUUCUACAUUCAAAGAAUUCGAUAAGGCUUAUGACAUUCACUUCUGUGUUGUCAAUGAAUGGAUUCAACAAGCUAUUCCUACUUUCGUUGAAAAGUUCAUUAAGCCAGCUAUUGUUAUCCCAGAACCAGAAGAACAAUUGGGUGUCCAUCAAUUUAUUGAACUCACUCAAAAGAAGUCACCUUCUAUUACUAUUACCUUGAACGAAAUUGCUCAAACUCAUGGUUUGUUGGCUAAGUUCUUGAACAGAAUUGCUCCAGACGAAAAGGAUCCAUUGAGAGAAGUUUUGAGCAACUUCAAGGACAUGAUUCCAGAACAAGUUGAAUCAACAAAGAAUGAAGAAAUCAGUUUGCCACUCCAAGUUAGAACUAACAUUGAAAACUUGGAUUUGGAAGUUAAGCCAGAACAAUUGUACGAAAUUGCUAAAGAACACUUCCGUGGUAUUUUACGUGUCAUUACUCCACAACAAUUGGGUGAAAAUGUUGCUGAAACUGUAGAUAAGGCUGAAAAGUAUGCCGAAGAAUUGAUCGAUAGUUCUAAACAAGAAGCUGAUGGUAUUCAAUUGAAGAGAAAGGUUGAAGAACUUAGAAAGGCUCUUCCAAAGUUGGCUGAUGCUGAAAUUCUCUCAGCAGCCAACGGUUAUAGAAAAUUGUUGACUGAUAUUACUAAGGAAAUUCAAAACAGAGGUGAAGUUAGAAAGAGACAAGUUCGUGAAUUGGAACGUUUAACCGAAAGUUUGGAAUCCCUCAAGGAACAUCAAAACUUCCUCAAGGAAAAGGACAAGAGUUUGGACGACUACGUCCAACAAACCCUUCGUAACUACUUUGAAGGAAAGAACAAGAGAAAGCAAAAGUCUGGAAAGAAACAAGUUUACAAGUUCAGCUACUCUCAACUUUCAGAGAAGUAUAAGGUUAUUGCCGAAAUGACAGAAGGAGGUGCUUUGAAGAAGGGUAUCAAAUUCCAAAUCUCUAUGGAUGAAGCUAAUCCAGGUUUCUUUACAGUUGAAGCUAAAUUGGCUGGUGCAUCACUCAAGACAAUUAACUUGCGUCUUGAUGAACUUUUGGACAAACGUGGCAGAGGUGAAGCUCUUCUCAAACUCGAUGGUGUUUCACUCAAUGUAAAUAUGACUAUUCACAUGAUGAAUAAGCUUUUCGUUAGCAAGUAAAUAAAUAAAAAAAACAUUAAAUUUUA